GAGUCAUCAAAUUUUUCAUAGGUCAAUGGCUGCAUCCGGGCCAAAGGCCAUGUGCGUUUUUAGGGAGCUAAAGGAACGCAACUGUUAGAACGCCAAGAGACCGGUACGUCAACCAGAUACCAACACCCAGGGCUUCGGAUCAUGUGAUUACACCAAAUGUAGAACGUUACACAUAAGCCUUGCCUUGUCAAGCAUUACUCGCCGAGCCCACACGCGGCCUAACCCAGGAUUACGGGCCGCAGAGCCGUACAUGCAUACUAUGACAACACAAGCUCCAUUCGUCCUCAGCCAAGCAGUAUAUUACACAUGAAGGACUAAGGUCUCAACUCGACGUCUUGACACACUACGCCAUUAUCGGCCAUUCUCGUUCUUUAAUUUGCCAAGGGCGGUAUGCCCAGAGCAACUAGUUUCUGAGCUAUCAAUUAAAGAUAGCAGGAUGCCAGUGCUGCAGCUGGACACCCGCCGGGAGGCUAUGGUGAACGAGGACGCGCCCAUUUCCCUCGACUUGUCCAAGCUUAUUCAGUCUGGCAUUAAGACUUACUUCAACAACCCUUCUCUGUCGGACCUGACGCUUGUGUGCCCGGAUGGCCGAGCACUGCACUGCCACAGCGUCAUCCUGGCCGCUGCUUCGCGGCGCCUUGCCGCGGCCCUCAAACAAGGCAACUGGAGCCCCGGCCAGCAGAUGCCGGUCAAGGGGGUGGACAGCGAGGCGCUGGAGACGCUCAUCGCCGCCUUCUACACCGCCGAGUGCCCUCUGGAGCUGGAGAGGCUACCCGCGCUGUACGACGCGGCGGUGAAGCUGGAGGUUCCCUCCCUGGUCCCCGCCCUGGAGCACAUCCUGGUGUCGGCGCUGCAGCCGUCCAACUGCUGCCAGCUGCUGGAGGGGUGCCUGGGGGCGGGCGCGGGGCAGCUGACGGACCUGGCGCUGGAGUGGAUACGGGGCAGGGUUGCUGAUGUGGUUCCCAGCCCCGAGUUCCGGUCGUGUCGGUUCGAGGUGGCGGUGGUGGUGUGUAAGGACCUGGCGCAGCGGAGCCAGCUGGUGGGGCUGCAGGCUGCCGUGUCCUGGCUGUCAGCCAGCGCCGCCCGCAGCAGCCUGGCGGGGGUGUUUGCGGAGGCGACGGGGCUGGCGGUGGAGGCAAUACACGCAGUGGCGGCGA